AUAUGGGCGCGGUUUACAUCAUAGGUGUGUAAGGAAGCUGACGGUUUCAGGUAUUUCAGCAUUGUCAGCUCGCGACGGUACAGGGAAGACGACGUGACGUUUGGAUUUAACUUGAAAGACUCGCAAAUACUUUCUCUACACACUGCAUAUUCAGGAUUCAGAACUGUGUGACACUCCGGGCAAGGUGAACUGAUCCUGUUGGACUUCGGUUGGAGCGUUUUUUUGGAAGAUGCAUUCCGCCAGAUAUGAAUACGACGGCCGCAAUGGCCAUCAAGAGCGGAUUGACUUCUUAACCAGCAAAGAGAAGGUCUCAUCAAAGCGGAAGGUCGGCAUCCUGAUCGGGGUCCUUGUGGCUCUUCUCAUCCUUGCGGCCAUUGCAGCGUUUCUCAUUUGGUUGUUUGUCUUUAAAGAUGCUGAUUCAGAAGCCACUUCAAGUAAGCAGCUCAGCCCAUCGACACGGGUCUUCAGUGGGCAUAUACAGUUUGUUGGUGUCCCGUAUGAACAGGAGCUGGAGAAUACUAAUGGAAAAGAAUUCGAGGAUUUGGCAGUCAACCUGGAAGCAAUUCUUAAGGAAAACUACAAGAAAGAUCCACUCCUUGAAAAGUACUACACUAAGUCUCAGAUCACUGCAUUCAGUGAGGGUAUGUUGGCCUUCUAUUGGACCCAAUUUGAUAUUCCAGUCGAAGACCUGGAGAUUGUGCCGCAGUUCUCGGAGAUGCGGGUGUUGAAGGUACUGGAGAAUGGCAUUAAGGGGCAGCGCAGCCUGGGGAACCACGUGCUUGUCAAGAUCACUGAUGUCACUGCCUCAUUAACAGAUCCUCGCAUGGUGAGGAACCCCAGAGACGGUGAGGACUGUUUCUACCGUCUGGAGGCUGAAGAAACGGAAAAAAUGUUUAUGUCACCAGGGUACCCCACAGGCUACCCCACCAAGUCCCGUUGUCAGUGGCAAAUCCGAGCUGCAGAGGACAGCGUCAUAUUUGUCGCUUUCCCUUUUUUCCACAUUGAGGAUGACUGCAAUCAUGACUUUGUCUCCAUCUAUGACUCUUUGAGUCCAGAUGACUCUCAGGCCAUCACAAUAAAGUGUGGGCAGAGGCCCCCCUCCAACCCUCUGGCAGUGGUGUCAUCCGGCAACAUCAUGCUGAUUAAUUUGAUAACUGACUCGGAUAUCCAUAGGGCUGGAUUCCAGGCCGUGUAUAGCACCAAACUCAGGUCCAACGUUAGAGCCUGUGGUGGCAUCCUUUCUGAAAAUCAAGGAGUCUUUACCUCUCCACUUUACCCCAGCUUCUAUCCUCCUACAGUGGACUGCCAUUGGACCAUCAAGGUCCCUGCUGGGAACAAGGUGCGGGUGAAGUUCACCAUGUUCCGCAUUAAAGAACCCAGGGUGGACACCCGUGAUUGUCACAAAGACUAUGUGGAGGUUAUGGACAACAAGUAUUGUGGCGAAAUUUCCUCUUUGGCUCUGACCAGCGACACCAACACCCUCAUGGUGAGCUUCCACUCCGAUGACUCCUACACUGACAAAGGCUUCAGUGCCGAGUACAGCGCUUACGAUCCUGCAAACCCUUGCCCCAACAAGUUUGCCUGCGCCUCUAGCAUCUGCAUCGCAAAAGAACUGAAGUGUGAUGGCUGGAACGACUGCGGUGAUAUGAGCGACGAGAUGAAGUGCGAGUGUGGGAAGGAUCAGUUUGCUUGUGACAAUGGCCUGUGCAAACCAAAACUGUGGGUGUGCGAUCGCGUCAAUGACUGCGGAGACGGGAGCGAUGAGAAAAGUUGCAGUUGUGAUGAUAGCGAGUGGCGCUGUGGUAACGGGGUUUGUAUGCCCCAGGAAGUUGUGUGUGACAAGAAACAGGACUGUGAAGAUGGAAGCGACGAGGCCUCUUGUGAAGGCGCGGUGGGCUCCUGCUCUGACUACAGCUUCAAGUGUGGGAACAACCAAUGUGUCACCAAGGUGAAUGCCGAAUGUGACCGUGUCAGCGACUGCUCUGAUAACUCUGACGAGGCCAGCUGCGCUUGUGGCACCAGGCCCUAUAAGCUGAACCGCAUCGUAGGAGGGCAGAACGCUGAGUUGGGGGAGUGGCCCUGGCAGGUCAGCCUUCACUUCCUGACCUAUGGGCAUGUUUGCGGGGCCUCCAUCAUAUCUAAGAAGUGGAUCCUUUCGGCUUCCCACUGCUUUGUCACCAGCAACGCAGAGAACCUUGUUGCAUCCAACUGGCAAACCUACAGUGGCAUGCAGGACCAGUACAAGCAGGAUGGAGUGCAGCUCCGAUUAGUGAAGAGGAUCAUCCCCCACCCAAACUACAAUCAGAUGACCUUUGACUAUGACAUUGCACUGCUGGAACUCAGGGAGCCGCUGGAAUUCACCAACACCAUUCAACCCAUCUGCCUACCCUCUUCCUCCCACAUCUUCCCUGCAGGCAUGUCCUGCUGGGUCACAGGCUGGGGCGCGCUCCGAGAAGGAGGUUCAAAGUCACAGCUGCUGCAGAAAGCAUCGGUGAAAAUCAUCAACGACACGGUGUGUGAUGUGGUCACAGAGGGCCAACUCACCUCCAGGAUGCUCUGCAGUGGAUUCUUGGCUGGAGGAGUUGAUGCAUGCCAGGGAGACUCCGGAGGCCCCCUGGUAUGUUUCGAGGAGAGUGGUAAGUGGUUCCAGGCCGGCAUCGUAAGCUGGGGUGAGGGCUGCGCCCGUCGGAACAAGCCUGGUGUCUACUCACGCGUCACCAAGCUAGUAGACUGGAUCAGGAAGGAGACAGGGAUUUGAUGAUGUCGGUAG